CACAAGCCGGGUGAUGCUCCAGAAUGGGAGACAACACAAUUUGGGAGCAGAUCGGAUCCAGCUUCAUUCAGCAUUAUUACCAAUUAUUCGAUAAUGACAGAACUCAACUAGGCACAAUUUACAUCAACGUGUCAUGCCUUACGUGGGAAGGACAACAAUUCCAGGGGAAAGCUGCUAUAGUGGAGAAGCUGUCUAGCCUUCCGUUCCAGAAAAUUCAGCACAGUAUCACAGCGCAGGACCAUCAGCCCACGCCUGAUAGUUGCAUCAUCAGUAUGGUGGUGGACCAGCUCAAGGCUGAUGAAGAUCCCAUCAUGGGGUUCCACCAGAUGUUCCUAUUAAAGAACAUCAACAAUGCUUGGGUUUGUACCAAUGAUAUGUUCAGGCUUGCCCUACACAACUUCGGCUGACCUCCUUCCAGCCGGCACUCACGCUGUUUCCUCCUCCCUCCAAUUUCCAAUAUUAUUCACACUCCUCCAGAU